CCCAACACAGCCCAUUACCUUGCCACGUCACAGAGCCGUUGUCCGACGUGUAAUGCAACAACCCAUCAGCCAGAAAGCAAAUAUCGGAGGAAACGUGCCGUGCAGCUUGUACGCGUGACCUGCGUAUGAAAACGCAGCUAUCCGCGACCUUGUUGAAGAUCGACGGACCCACCGGCCGACCCGACCCGAGACGGCGAGCGAGAGUGGCUGAGAGAGAGCGAGCGAGCGAGAGUGGGGAGUGCAGUACAAAGCUAUAUCUUCACGUUUUCCCUUCUCCAAUGGCGAUUUUGUAAUUUCUUUCCUCUCUCGAAACGUCACCGAUUCUUGCCUUUUGACGUCUUCACCUCAUCUAACAGUCUUCCAUUCAUCUCUGUCGGAAUAUUCCUAGAUCCGUUUAUUUAUUUUCUCACUCUAACUUGAAUUUCUGCAAUUUCAAUUCAAUUCUAGGGUUUUCAAGAUGAAUGCCGUUGCUUCUUUUUAGGGUUUUAGAUUUUUCGCUGGUGCGUUUGCCAGAUUGGAAUCUGGGGUUUUGCUUUUUGCCCUUUGCUUUAGGGUUUCUUCGCUUUCAAGGUAUACUCUUAGGGUUACGGCGUUGGAGGAGAAAAAGCCAUCUUUAGUUUAUUUUCGUUGCAUUUUCUUUCUAUGAUUUGAGGAAAUUCAGUGGAUUGUUUGGCUGGAAAUGACGUAUGAUAUAUCGGCUGACGUGAAGCUGGAAAUGGGCGAUGCAAAUGGGGAUUAUGUGAGGUUGGCUCAUGCAGAUGAGCCGGAAUUAGAUGGUUUUGGGAGGCUGCAACCGGAAUCUCCUUCAAAUGGUUGUUCUCUUUGCUGGUGGAUGAAGGGGGUUUUAUUAUGCCUUUUUGUCGUGGUUGGUGCUGCUUGUUUUUUCAUUUGGGGAGGGCCUUUUCUCAUCAACAAGGUGGUAGUACCAGUCUUGAAUUGGGAGAGAGCAACAUUCAGCACCUUGGUGCUUGGGUUUCUACUCUUUGCUUGUAUGGCGUUAUUCCCUGCACUGUUGUUACCAUCUGCACCUAGUAUGUGGAUAGCUGGGAUGACUUUUGGUUAUGGUUAUGGUUUUCUACUAAUUAUGGCCGGGACAAGUGUGGGCAUGUCACUGCCAUAUUUCAUUGGUUCUCUUUUCCGCCAUAAAAUACAUAAGUGGUUAGAGAGAUGGCCCAAGAAAGCUGCAAUUAUAAGAUUAGCUGGUGCAGGAAAUUGGUUCCAUCAAUUUCGAGCUGUUACUUUACUGAGGAUCUCCCCAUUUCCAUAUAUAAUUUUCAAUUAUGCUGUUCUUGCAACAAACGUUAACUACGGUCCUUACAUUUUUGGAUCGUUGGUAGGAACAGUGCCAGAAGUUUUUAUUACAAUUUACAGCGGCAUCCUCAUACGGAGCUUGGCAGAUGCGUCUCAAGGCCAGCAGUUCCUGUCGGUGCAACAGAUUAUCUACGACGCGCUCGGCUUUUGUGUCGCUCUAGCUGCCACAAUAGCCAUCACGGUCUAUGCAAAACGGGCACUCCAGAACCUACAAAUCGAAGAUGAGCUGGAGUAAAGCAGUCGGCUGCAGCCGAGACUGACCCAAACCGAACCCAUCUCUGGAUUGUCCCCACAUGGCUUAUAUUGAGAGGCUGUGAGGUAUGUACCACACGAUCCUGUGUAUCAUGGCAUACAGGUGUAGCCACUUCUGCUUAAAUGUGGAACUGAUUAUAAGAGAAAAGUGUACAUAGGGUUAGUGGGUAGUUUGUAUAUGGACAACAGCUGUAGGGCUAUUAAAGGAUGGUACCACCAGUGCGUGGAUGGGUCUGCUGGCCCCACACACUUGUGCCUGAUCAUAACUUAUCUGUCAGGUGGGCCACACUGUUUAGAUGCCUUACUUUACAAGUUUUGACCAUUAAACUUGUCAGGUGGGCCCAGUAUUGGAAACAAAUGUAUGCCUAGGGAAAAAAAAAAACUUUCAGCCGUAGGUUUGUCUUGUAAAAUGUGGCCCACCUCAGGAGUUCAACGGCCUGAGGCGAAGAUGAAAAGACGGGUUUGGGACUAGGGGUCCAUAUAAAGAGGAAACCAGAUUGAUUCCAGCUGGAUUAAUUGCUCCAUGCCAAAAGAAAAGGUUUUGGAGGUGUA